CAGAAGCCUUUUGACACAACAGCUUAGCUAAUACUCCGCUAGCCUGCCAAUUUCCAUCACUAUAUAUACACAUGAACUCUUGAAGCAUGUGUACCUAAAUCCCAAUUCAUUUCAUUUGUACCAAAAGCCCGUUUGGGACAUUCAAUAUUUUGCAAUAUUCAAGGGGUGGUGGAGAUGGGUGUUCUUGACGAUAUUCUAAAACACUGCCCUCCUAGUUAUUAUGGAAGGAAAAAGCUCAAGAGAAACAAACAACUGCAGACAGUGGAAAUAAGGAUUAAAAUGGACUGCCAUGGGUGCGAGAGGAAGGUGAGGAAAUCAGUGGAAGGCAUGAAAGGAGUAUCCCGGAUAGAAGUGGACCCAAAGCAGCACAAACUCACGGUGAUCGGUUACGUCGACCCGAAGAAGGUGUUGAUGAGGGUGCGGCACAAGACGGGGAAGAAUGCCGAGAUGUGGCCGUACGUGCCGUACGACGUGGUGGACCACCCGUACGUGCAGGGGGUCUACGACAGGAAGGCGCCGCCGGGGUACGUGAGGAACGUCGAGCUUGUGCCGGAUCCUCAGAUCACCCGCCUUGCAAGGGCUAGCUCUACUGAAGUGAAGUAUAUUACUGCGUUCAGUGAUGACAAUCCAACUGGUUGCUCAGUGAUGUGAUUAUAUGUAUCUGUGUAAUAGGUGUAUACAAAUAAGCAGACAUGGUUUGUGUUGUGGUGGCUGAAUGGUAGCUUGUAAAAUAUGCCAGAAGAUUGUCUUGUAAGCAGGGUUCCUGUAAAGAGAUUUUUGUUUGAUAGUGUUGUUAUUAUUACCUCUUAUAAGAUUGAUAAUCUUACCAGAUUCACAGUAAAUUGAUUAAUUUCAAGGUA